UUACGUCACGCAGUGAGCGGGAGGGUCUGCGCGCGCGCAGAUGGUAAGCAGUAGGUGGAGAGUCUGGGGAGCUGUAAGCGUCUGCGCCUCGCGGGCCCGGAAGGGGAACUGCGCGGUCGCUGGGACCGGGGCCUGAGCAUUUCAGAUCUGCUUGGUGAACCUGGUGCACCACCAUGCUGGCCGCGAGACUCGUGUGUCUUCGGACGCUCCCUUCCAGGGUUUUCCACCCAGCUUUCACCAGGGCCUCCCCUGUCGUGAAGAAUUCCAUCACAAAGAAUCAAUGGCUCCUAACACCCAGCAGGGAAUAUGCCACCAGAACAAGAAUUGGGAUCCGGCGUGGGAAGACUGGCCAAGAACUCAAGGAGGCGGCGAUGGAACCGUCGAUGGAAAAAAUAUUUAAAAUUGAUCAGAUGGGAAGAUGGUUUGUUGCUGGAGGGGCUGCUGUUGGUCUUGGAGCGUUGUGCUACUAUGGCUUGGGAAUGUCUAAUGAGCUUGGAGCCAUUGAAAAGGCUGUAAUUUGGCCUCAGUACGUGAAGGACAGGAUCCAUUCUACCUAUAUGUACUUAGCAGGAAGUAUUGGAGUAACAGCUUUGUCUGCCCUGGCAGUGAGCAGAACUCCUGCUCUUAUGAACUUCAUGAUGAGAGGCUCAUGGGUGACAAUCGGUGCAACUUUUGCAGCCAUGAUUGGAGCUGGAAUGCUCGUGCAGUCAAUACCAUAUGACCAGAGCCCAGGCCCAAAGCAUCUUGCUUGGUUACUCCAUUCUGGUGUGAUGGGUGCUGUGGUGGCUCCGCUGACGAUAUUAGGGGGGCCUCUUCUCAUCAGAGCUGCCUGGUACACAGCAGGCAUCGUGGGAGGCCUCUCCACAGUGGCCAUGUGUGCGCCCAGUGAGAAGUUCCUGAACAUGGGUGCACCCCUGGGAGUGGGCCUGGGUCUCGUCUUCGUGUCCUCACUGGGAUCUAUGUUUCUCCCACCUACCACUGUGGCUGGGGCCACUCUGUACUCAGUGGCGAUUUAUGGCGGGCUAGUUCUCUUCAGCAUGUUCCUUCUGUAUGACACACAGAAAGUCAUCAAGCGUGCAGAGCUGGUGCCAGCAUAUGGAGUUCAGAAGUAUGAUCCCAUCAACUCGAUGCUGGGAAUCUACAUGGAUACAUUAAAUAUAUUUAUGCGAGUUGCCAGCAUUCUAGCAACUGGAGGCAACAGAAAGAAGUGAAACGACUCGGCCUCUGAGUUUGUACACCGGAUAUCGUGCUUGUGUGAUAGGGGCGGACAUUCAUUACAUAGUUGGCUCAAGCAGCUUCCCUUGACGUGUAGAAGUUAAGAACUUGUCAACAUGGUUCAGAUGUUCCAGUGAUACGAUGCUUCUGGUCUGCUUGUACUUCCGGAGAAUAAAUUCAGUAAUUCUCUUCCAGAUAAGCACAUCCAUUUCCAAUUCUCAUGUUUUGAGUAAUUCUAAAAUGUUUUAAUGAAUGUGAAAACUAAGGUUUGCUCUGAGAA